AGACAUUCGGUCAUAGAGGCUGUGGAGGGGGCGCUCGAGCCACGUCGGUGAAACAAAUCAACGCUUGAAGGCAGAUUACUAAGAGGGUCCCUGCUGCUCACCCAGGAGCAGGAGAUCCAGGGCGAUGUCGACGCCAGAUCCCCCCAUGGGAGGCACCCCUCGCCCAGGUCCUUCCCCUGGUCCGGGUCCCUCUCCUGGGGCUAUGCUGGGCCCCAGCCCCGGGCCCUCCCCAGGCUCUUCUCAUAGUAUGAUGGGCCCCAGCCCUGGUCCUCCCUCGUCUGGACACUCUCAGCCAGGGCCCUCUGGAUAUGGCCAGGACAAUAUGCACCCUCUGCACAAACCCAUGGAGAGCAUGCAUGAGAAGAGCUUGAGUGAGGAGAGCCGCUUUAGCCAGAUGAAGGGACUGACUAUGAGACAGGGCGGGCACAGUGGUAUGGGUCCUCCACCCAGUCCUCUUGACCAACACUCUCAAGGUUAUCACUCUCCAUUAGGUGGCUCUGACCACUCCAGCCCUGUCCCCUCAAACGGUCCCCCCUCUGGACCGCUUAUGCCAUCAUCCUCCUCUUCCUCCUCCUCUGGCGGUCCCGGCUCAGCCUCCACACCCUUAGAUGGCCCCAGUGGUGAUCAACACACCCUGGGUCCUAAUAACCGGCCCGGCCCUCCAGGUAGCUCCGGCCCAGGCCCAAGCCCUGGACCCAGCCUGGGACCCAGUGUCUCCACCCUUGGAUCUGGCCUCGAAUCUGGAGGCCCUCCAGGCCCUGGUGGCCCUACUCCCUUUAACCAGAACCAGCUUCACCAACUCAGAGCCCAGAUCAUGGCUUAUAAAAUGCUGGCCCGGGGACAGCCCCUGCCAGAACACCUCCAGAUGGCGGUCCAAGGGAAGAGGCCGAUGCCUGGGAUGCAGCAGCAGCAACCCAUGCCCACUCUGGCUCCUGGAGCUGGAGGCGGGCCAGUAGGUGGACCAGCAGGACCAGUACCAGGGCCUGGGCCAAUGGGGUCAGGCUACAGUCGAGCUCAUGGAAUGAUGGGUCCCAACAUGCCUCCUCCAGGCCCAUCCUGUACUCCAGCUGGGAUGCAGGGACAAAACCCAAACGGACCACCCAAAUCCUGGCCUGAAGGCCCCAUGGUGAACGCAGCAGCCCCCUCCAACGCACCCCAAAAGCUGAUUCCGCCUCAGCCCACUGGUCGGCCCUCUCCUGCCCCACCUUCAGUUCCCCCUGCUGCCUCCCCAGUAAUGCCUCCACAGACUCAGUCCCCUGGCCAGCCGGCACAGCCUACUCCCAUGAUGCCUUACCACGCAAAGCAGAACCGCAUUACCCCCAUUCAAAAACCCUGCGGCCUUGACCCAGUGGAGAUACUGCAGGAGAGGGAGUACAGGUUACAGGCUCGUAUCACUCAUCGUAUUGCUGAACUGGAGAACCUGCCGGGCUCUCUGGCUGGUGAUUUACGUACCAAAGCUACUAUAGAGCUCAAAGCCCUCCGCCUGCUUAACUUCCAGAGACAGCUGCGGCAAGAGGUGGUGGUGUGUAUGCGUCGGGACACAGCUCUGGAGACUGCCCUUGAUGCGAAGGCGUAUAAGCGGAGCAAACGUCAGUCCCUGCGAGAAGCGCGCAUCACAGAAAAACUGGAGAAACAGCAGAAGAUUGAACAAGAGCGCAAACGCAGGCAGAAACAUCAGGAGUACCUCAACAGCAUCCUGCAGCACGCCAAAGACUUCAAAGAGUACCAUCGCUCCAUCACAGGCAAAAUGCAGAAACUGACCAAAGCAGUGGCCACGUACCACGCCAACACUGAAAGGGAGCAGAAGAAAGAGAAUGAGCGUAUUGAGAAAGAGAGGAUGAGGAGGCUCAUGGCUGAAGAUGAGGAGGGCUAUCGUAAGCUGAUUGACCAGAAGAAGGAUAAGCGUCUGGCCUACCUGCUGCAGCAAACGGACGAGUAUGUUGCCAACCUCACCGAGCUGGUCAGAGCUCACAAAGCUGCACAGGCCCUCAAGGAGAAAAAGAAGAAGAAGAAGAAAAAAAAGAAGAAGUUGGAGAACGCUGAGGGUCAGACUCCUGCCAUGGGUCCUGAUGGAGAGCCUCUGGAUGAGACGAGUCAGAUGAGUGACCUGCCUGUGAAGGUCAUCCAUGUCGACAGUGGGAACAUCCUGACAGGACUGGAUGCUCCUAAAGCUGGACAGCUGGACACCUGGCUGGAGAUGAACCCUGGUUAUGAGGUGGCUCCCCGCUCAGACAGUGAGGACAGCGAGGAGGAGGAAGAGGAGGAGGAGGGAGAGGAGGAGCCCCAUCCAUCAGCUACUCAGGUGGAGGAAAAGAAGAAGAUUACAGACCCCGACAGCGAAGACGUGUCGGAGGUAGACGUACGACACAUCAUCGAAAAUGCUAAACAGGAUGUGGAUGACGAAUACAGCGGUGCAGCGUUCGAACGUGGGCUCCAGUCUUAUUAUUCUGUGGCACACGCUGUCACAGAGAAGGUGGAGAAACAGUCCAGUUUAUUAAUAAAUGGACAACUUAAACAGUAUCAGAUUAAAGGUCUGGAGUGGCUGGUUUCCCUCUACAACAAUAACCUGAACGGGAUCCUGGCAGAUGAGAUGGGUCUGGGAAAAACCAUCCAGACCAUCGCCCUCAUCACAUACCUCAUGGAGCACAAACGGCUCAAUGGUCCCUACCUCAUCAUUGUACCCCUCUCAACUCUUUCUAACUGGGUGUAUGAGUUUGACAAGUGGGCACCGACAGUCGUGAAGGUGUCCUACAAGGGGUCUCCUGCUGCUAGAAGAGCCUUCGUCCCCCAGCUGCGCAGUGGAAAGUUUAACGUGUUACUCACCACUUAUGAGUACAUUAUCAAGGAUAAACAAGUACUGGCAAAGAUUCGUUGGAAGUACAUGAUCGUGGAUGAAGGACACCGUAUGAAGAACCACCACUGUAAGCUGACCCAGGUCCUGAACACCCACUACCUGGCCCCACGGCGAGUCCUGCUGACAGGAACGCCAUUGCAGAACAAACUACCUGAGCUCUGGGCGUUGCUAAACUUCCUCCUGCCCACCAUCUUUAAGAGCUGCAGCACCUUUGAGCAGUGGUUCAACGCCCCUUUCGCCAUGACUGGAGAGAAGGUGGACCUUAAUGAAGAGGAGACCAUCUUGAUUAUCCGUCGUCUCCACAAAGUGCUCCGUCCCUUCCUGUUACGCAGAUUGAAGAAGGAAGUGGAGGCACAGCUUCCAGAGAAGGUGGAAUAUGUGAUCAAGUGUGACAUGUCGUCUCUUCAGAGGGUGCUGUACAGGCACAUGCAGGCCAAGGGGGUCCUGCUCACUGAUGGAUCAGAGAAGGACAAGAAGGGUAAAGGCGGCACAAAGACGCUGAUGAACACCAUCAUGCAGCUGAGGAAGAUCUGUAACCACCCUUACAUGUUCCAGCAAAUAGAGGAAUCUUUUUCUGAACAUUUAGGAUUCUCUGGUGGGAUAGUCCAGGGUCCUGACUUAUAUCGGGCAUCAGGAAAGUUUGAGGUGUUGGAUCGAAUCCUGCCAAAGCUGAGAGCUACAAGCCACAAAGUGCUGCUCUUCUGUCAGAUGACCUCACUCAUGACCAUCAUGGAGGACUACUUCGCAUAUCGCAGCUUCAAGUAUCUACGUCUAGAUGGCACUACAAAGGCCGAGGAUAGAGGAAUGUUACUGAAGACAUUCAAUGACCCAGGGUCAGAGUACUUUAUCUUCCUCCUGAGCACAAGAGCUGGAGGCCUCGGCCUCAACUUGCAGUCUGCAGACACCGUGGUUAUUUUUGACUCUGACUGGAACCCACAUCAGGACCUGCAGGCUCAGGACAGAGCCCACCGUAUUGGUCAACAGAACGAGGUCCGUGUGUUACGACUCUGCACGGUCAACAGUGUAGAGGAGAAAAUUUUGGCCGCUGCCAAGUACAAACUAAAUGUGGACCAAAAGGUCAUUCAAGCAGGCAUGUUUGACCAGAAGUCUUCUAGCCACGAGCGCAGGGCCUUCCUGCAGGCCAUCCUGGAACACGAGGAGCAAGACGAGGUCUGGGGUCAGGAAGUGUGUCUACGCAUGAAUGAGGAGGAUGAGGUGCCGGAUGAUGAGACGGUCAACCAGAUGAUUGCCAGGAGUGAGGAGGAGUUUGACCAGUUUAUGCGUAUGGACCUGGACCGACGUCGCGAGGAGGCCCGUAAUCCACGACGAAAACCUCGUCUGAUGGAGGAGGACGAGCUGCCCACUUGGAUCAUGAAAGACGACGCUGAGGUCGAACGCCUAACCUGUGAGGAAGAGGAGGAGAAAAUGUUUGGACGAGGUUCGCGGCAGCGGAAGGAGGUGGACUACAGCGAUUCACUGACGGAGAAGCAGUGGCUCAAGUCUGUGUUUCCCAUACAGGCAAUAGAGGAGGGCACCCUGGAGGAGAUGGAGGAGGAGGUGCGUCACAAAAAGACAACCCGCAAGAGGAAACGGGACCGCGACCUGGACCUGCCUGGUCCCUCCUCAUCUUCAGGGGGAAGAGGACGAGGGGACAAAGAUGAAGAUGGGAAGAGGCAGAGGAAGAGGGGACGACCGCCUGCUGAGAAACUCUCCCCCAACCCCCCCGCUCUCACAAAAAAGAUGAAGAAGAUCGUGGACGCUGUCAUCAAGUAUAAAGACAGCACCAGUGGGCGUCAGCUGAGCGAGGUGUUCAUCCAGCUGCCAUCUCGGAAAGAGCUGCCAGAGUACUACGAACUGAUUCGCAAGCCUGUGGACUUCAGGAAGAUCAAGGAGAGGAUUCGAGGGCAUCGCUACCGCAGUCUGGGCGACCUGGAGAGAGACGUCAUGCUGCUCUUCCAAAACGCUCAGACCUUCAACCUGGAGGGAUCACUGAUAUAUGAAGACUCCAUCGUCCUCCAGUCCGUGUUCACCAGUUUGAGGCAAAAGAUUGAGAAGGAGGAGGAAAGUGAGGGAGAGGAGAGUGAGGAAGAGGAAGAGGAGCUGGAGGAAGGAUCCGAGUCCGAAUCUCGCUCAGUGAAAGUGAAGAUUCGUCUGGGAAGGAAGGAUAAAGGUGGAGAUCGAGGAAAGGGACGCAGCAGACGAACAGGACGCACCAGAGCCAAACCUGUUGUUAGUGACGACGACUCUGAGGAUGAGCAGGAAGAGGAGCGUUCCCCCAGUGCCACUGACGAGGAGUCCUGAACUGUGCUGAACUGAGGAGAGAAGGGGCCAUAACAGGAUAUGCCAUCAACUCAAGCACUACAUUCACAGUAAAUUAAACAUGCCUCUGUCAACUCCAUCCACCCUCCAUCAAAUGUCAUAGGACUCAAAGAGAAGGGAGGUUUGCAGUACAGAAACAGAUACAUAUUAUUAUUUGAUUAGUCAUAUUGACAUCACAUGGAAAAAGUACACACUGCAAUAUCAUAAGAUACACAAAUUAAUUUGACUGUGCAGCAUUAACCCUUAUUGUGUGAAGAAGUUUUAUUACAGAGGGAUCGAAUGAGCUUUUUGUCUUUGUGUGUAAUUUCAGGAAGGUUUUCAAUCUGAUGAAAUGAAAUUGUUGUCAGUGUGCAGGUGUUAAAACACUACUGGGAGUCAGAAAAAUAUACACUACAAAUGCACUAAAGCCAUUUGUAAUGUCACGUUUCUGACUUGUAACAAUUACAGCAGUAACACUUUGCUUUAAGUCCCUAUACUUACAAUUUAUAAGCAGUAUGUAAACAUUUAAUAAACAGUUGAAUACAAUAAUGUACACAUGUGCAGCUCUGAGGACAUUUAAGUGCUUAUUAAUGUAUAGUAAUUGUGAUUCUCUUAUAAACCAUAUUUUGUAUUAUUACUAUGUUUUACUAUAUUGUCAUUUCUUAUCUGUUUAUAAACCAGCCUCCACUGAUGACUGACCACAGGAGGAGUUACAGCUGCUGACAAAUACAUUAAUAAAUGCUUGUAUCUGCUGACAAGUAUGUUAUAGUGUGUUAUGAACCAUUUACUAAAUGUUUACUGCUUAUAAAUGCUCAUUAGGGGACUUAAAGGAGCUGUAUGCGACAUUAAAGGCAUAUUUAUUAUUUAGAGUCUACACAGCUGGUGUGUGCUAACAAUGACGAUGGCUGAGCUGAUAGCAGCUUGCAGUGUUAACAGGACUAACAGUGCUGAUAGAGCUUACAGUGUUAAAGUGGGGGGCGUUGGGAGUCUACGUUGACAUUGUUCCACCACUAGGGGUCAGGAUGGCAUUUUCAGCAAUAGCUGCCAUAUUAGCACAGUGCAGAGUGGUGGUGAUUAGCUAGCCAGUGGGGUACACUCAAAUGCACGCGAGGCCAGACCAUCUACCACAACAAGGAACAGAGAAGCUCAGAUUACAUUGCACACAGAGGGAGCGUGACUUUUCUCUGCUCAGGACGCCAUUAAUCCACUGUAUCUUUAUGUACCAAAUAGUGGUUUGCUGCUGUAUUAAUGCUCUGAAUGUCGUAUACAGCUCCUAGAAAGUGUUGCCAUUACAACUAACCCAAAUGGUGUUUAAGAGGAAUAACAGUUCAGUUAGUUGAGACAUUUCAUUUCCUGUGAAGCCUGUAUUUAUACAGAUCUUCUCAUUUUGUGAUCAAAAAUGAGUCCUCAGCUAACCGGAGGAGUUAGAACUGGUGGGAACCAGUAAAGUGAAGUAAACAAAAUUGAAUGUAAACAGAAAAUGUUUUCAGAAAGAGCUGUGUUUUCAUCCAGCUGCUACCUUACCUUACCUUGCUUUGCUUCUGGACAUACAAACUUGAUGUUUCACCUCUGCUUCGCUGUGGCCAUGUGUUGUAACAACAGUCAGCCACUUCGGAGCCACUGUGAUUACUGAGGUGUGUGCACAUCACAUAUUUGUGACCGGGGCUCACUGUUUGAGUUGGAUAUCCAGCCUCCUGUGGGCGCAGGCAGGGUGUUUCCAGACUUCUCAGAAGCUCUUUAGCAACUCACCACAGUUAUGUGACUGAGGUUUAAUGGCGUUGGGUCCAGGUCACUGUAUAUAAAGUACAAUAUAAAAACAACCUUGCUGCUGCUGCGUACCUGUUACACUUCCAAUAUAAGCACUUACUAUAACUGUUGAUUGUAGACUAAAAAAAAAUCAUCAUUCAUCAAUGAGUACUGUAACUUUAACUGCUUCUCCUUCAGUUGUUGUGUGGUGAUUUUAGGAUUUCAGAACUGUUUGAUGUACUUUGGCACUUUUUAUGUUUUUUGAUUUCAAGACAAAGGACCAGAGGGACAGUGGCUCCUCUCUGCUUGUGAAUGCCUCCUGGCUGUAUGGUGUUGGAUAUACUGUAUAGAGUAUUUUGUAGAGUAUCAUGUCAAUGCACGUGUGUACAGCUCGCAAGUUCAGUACUGCACUUUUUUUUUUCAUCAUGGUAGAGUGAACAACAUACAACCAAAGCAUAGUUUCUCCACUAAAUUAUUGGGAUCUGUCUGUGUUGUGUUGUGGUCAUCGUCGCUGGAACUCAAAACGUAACAAUAAACCACAGUAAAAGUGA